UAGAGACCGUUGGUGGGGCUCAACCCUAUUGUCCAAAUGGCAUUCGGAUGUGCUCCUCUCUGCAUCCGAUUGGCCGCCUUUCUAUCAGCCGUCAACGCUAGCUGAUGCCAGCUGGUAUGUCAACGUCAUCUUAGAACACUGCUGAAACUUCAGCCUCAGCAGUUCAUCCACCUUCGAUUCAUCGUCACUGGAGAAAUGGCGUAUUCGCAAUAAUCUCAUCGCAUCAUCCUGUUCCUGUGGCACUGCCCGUGGCCUUCUACCAUUCUGCAGAUGUCUUCAUUGCUGUAACGGCGUCUACUAGCUGAUCAUCGUCUUCGCCAGUUCGUGACUGCCUCGUUCGAGGUGGUUACGCUUCAAAAUUGCAACUACAAACCACUGCAUUGCGGCUUUCGAUCAUUGGACAUCCAGUGACAAUCGGCACUUCCAAUUGAGGCAAGACGAAAUCAUCGUACUAUCAACCCAGAUGCUGCGAUCAUCCCACAAGGACAUCAACGGGGUGUAUUCUCCUGAGAUGCAGGUUGCAACAUUUUCCGUGCCUCUCAACAACAUCCUGACGAAUCAAGGAUCAUUACAUCAUGCAGGUCUGUUCUCCAGUUAAUGAUUCUCAAGACAUACAAUCAAUCCCAGAUGCGAUUGACUCAUGGACGAUGCCGGAGGUAUCUCUACUCGGUUUGACACUCUUUGUCAACGUCACAGUUUCCUGACCCCCGAAAAAUGCAGAUCAACCUCACAGGAUUCCUGAAUGGAAGGAAUGCCCGAUCUUUCAUGGGUGAAUUAUGGGACCUUUUGGUCUCUGCUCAGGAAAGUGUUACGGGCAUUCCAGAGGCUUUCUUACAACAAAAAAAAGAUCAAAUUAAGAAACGUUUGGAAGAGCAAGAGAAACUCCAAGCUUCUUUGGCGGAGAAAGAAAAGGAGAAGGAAAGAGAAAAGGAAAAAGAUGAAGCAGAAAACAAGAUAAAGAAAGAAGAAAAAGAACGAGGUUCAUCGAAAGAACGUCGUAGAGAUCGAAGUAGAGAUCGUGAUAGGGACAGAAAAAGAAGUCGAUCGAGAGAUCGACACAGAGAUCGUGACAGAUCGACUCGUAAACGACGAUCCUCUUCGAGAUCACCUAGUAAAAAUUCGCUUAAAGACAACGGGAAAGAUAUGUCUGAAAUUAAAGUGGAACGAGAAGAUUCGCCACAACCCGAAAAUGCUAUACCGCUCAUGCCUGUUAAAACAAAACCGUGUUUCAACAGAGAAGCUGCUGUCGCAAUAUCUCGAUUGCAAGCAAAAUUAAUGAGCAUAGCUGAUGGAAAAAAGAAAAAUAAUCGUACUCCUUCUCCUGAGUCACUAGAAAAAGCGAAAAAAUCUAGAUCUAGAUCAAAAUCACCAAUAAAUCGCUCCAAAAAAUCUAGAUCUAAAUCCCCAAGUCGAGAUUCAAAGACACGUCGUUCUCGAUCACCUGCAUCUAGAUCGAGACGAUCUCGAUCUAAAUCAAGAUCAAGGCGAUCCAGAUCUAGAUCAAAAUCCAGAAGAUCCAAAUCCAGGUCGCAAGAUCGUUCAAAAUCAAGACGUACCAAAUCUAAAUCGCCAAGAUCGCAUUCAAGAUCUCGUUCACGAUCUAAAAAGUCACGAUCAAAAAGUAAUGAUAGAAGUAAAUCUAGAAAAUCAAGAUCGGACUCGAGCGAUUCAAGAUCAUCAAAAUCUCGUUCAAAAUCACCUGAUAAAAGAAAGGAUAAUCUCGAUUCUAACAGAAAACGAGAUGCAAGUUCAAGUAGUAGUUCCGAAUCAGAAGAAGAUAAAGGAGCAAAAGAUAAAAACGAUUUCGAAAUUAGAAAGAAAAAAGAUGGAGUACAGGCAAAGAGAUCAUAUAGAAAAACGAAUAAAGAUGACAGUGGCAGUGACAGUGAUUCAAGUCGAGAAAGAAAAUCUGUACCUAAACGAAGGAGUCCAACACCACGAAAAGAUAGAGGUCGAUCUAAGGAUAGAGAUAGAUCGCGAGAUAGAUCACGUGAUAGAUCUCGGGAUAGAUCUCGGGAUAGAUCUCGAGAUAGGAACAGAAGGAGAUCCAUAGAUAGAGAACGGGAAAGAAGAAGAGAACGAGAGCGAGAAAGAGAGCGAGAAAGAUUGGAUAGAUAUAGCGGCAGUCGCAGCAUGCGACCUCCAUCUGUGCGUAGAGCACCUAGUAGACGGAGAAGCCCUCAUCGUAGAAGUCCGGUAAGAUAUCGUCGUAGAUCACCCAGUCCUGGAGAUAGGCGCCGAAGAAGAUCCCUUGAUCGAAGACGAAGAUCAUCAGAAAGAAGAGACAGACGUCGAUCUCCAGAUCGUCGUGAUAGCAGACGUCGUUCUCCAGAUGGCCGGGAUCGAUCCCUCAGGUACGAUAGAUCUUCCUCUCGUGACAGAUCGAGUAGGCGGGACCGUUCCAGAGACAGGGACAGAAGGGAUAGAGAUAGAAGAUCUAGAUCUAGGGAUCGUAGAUCCAGAUCGAAAGAUCAAAGGUCAUCGGUGGAUCGUUCGAGAGAUGGAAAACGAUCUCCCGAUCGCUUAAGAGAAACUAAGGAGAAGAUAAAGGACAAGAAAGUGGAUGAAAAAAUUAAAAGAUCAACUGAUACGGGAUCGCGAAAAGAAUUACGAAACGGAAGGUCUAAGUCAAGUAGCUCGGAAAGUAGCGAAAGUAGUUCCUCUAGCAAUGAGGAUGAAGUGACCAGAAAAUCUCUUGAACGGAAAUCAUCUCAGGAAAAGCGAGAACGUGAGAGGGAACGAGAACAUGUAGAUGACAAACGUAAAGAAAAGGAAAAACCUGCCAAGGAAGAAUCUAUCAAACGACCUGAAAAGGAUAUCAAGAAAACUGAACCUGUAAACAUCAAGAAACCAGAUCCUAGCGUUUCUCCUAAAAAACUUCAAUCUGCUACACUUCCUGUAACUAGGCAUAGAUUUUCAAAGAGUUUAUCACGAACACCAUCUCCAUUUAAAAAGACUGAAGACAUUAUAGCUGCAGUUAAAGUUAAACAAUCGAAAGAAGAUAACAAGGAAGGAUCACCAAAAGAAGAAACGAAUUUUUCAUCCGCAGAUACUUUUCCGUUAAAAAAAGAUGACAAAUCAGUCAAAUCACUUAAAGUGGCAUCUGAGGAUAAAAAGUCAGGUCAAAAAUCUUCUGAACCAAUACUCUUAAAAAAACCAGCAGAAGUUAUGAAGAAAUCGAAGAAAGAAAAACGCGAUGGUUCUACAGAUUCUAAUGACAGUGAAAGUGAAGGAAAGAAAAGACCAAGAAAAUUAGAGAAAUCUAGGAAAUCCAGAAAAACUUCUACAGAUGAAGAAAAAUCAGAAAAAUGUGGUUCUAGUUCGGAUUCUGAAGAGGAAAGAAAGCAUACAGAAAAGAAUAAAAAACUUAAAGACACAAAUCGAGGAGACUCAUUAGAUGAACGUGCAAAAGACAGAAAAGAUAGUAGAAAACGAGAAAUCAAUGAAAACGAAUCUCGCAAACGCUCAAAAAAAGAAUUAGAAGAAGAAACAAAAAAAUCAAAAAGAUCAAGAAAAGAUUCUUCUUCAGGAGAUGAAGAUCAAAAGAUAAAAAGAAACAAAACUGAAGAUGAUAGGUCCAGAUUACGAAAGUCUAAAAAAGAUUCAAGUUCAGAUGAUGAACCGAAAAAAACACGAAAACGAAGAGACAGUUCUUCGGAGGAUGAAAAAUCAAGAACAAGAAAAUCAAGAAAAGAUUCUACAAGUGAAGAUGAAGGAAAAGUGCGAUUAAAGAAAUCUAAACGAGAUUCAAGUACAGAUGAUGAAGAAAUAGGAGAAAAAGAUGCAAAGAAAAAGAGAAAAGCUGAUGAUAGUUCAGAUGAAGAAAAAGUGAAGAAAAAACGUAAAAAGAAAACUAAAACAAGUACCAGUGAAUCAGAGGAAAGUGAGGUAGAAGAAAAGAAAAAGAAAAAGGAUAAGAAACAUAAAAAACAUAAAAAACAUAAAAAGCAUAGGAAACAUAAAAAGAAGAAGGUUGCAGAUUCUGACGAAUCUGAUGUAAGUGAAGGUAAUACAGAAGAACUUGAAAAAAAACUUCGUGAAAAAGCAUUAAAAUCCAUGAAAAAGGGACAUAGUAUAGAAGGAAGUGAUUGAGGUUUAAAAAUUAACGAGGGUGUGUAACGUGUGUACCUCUGUAUUACAAUGCACUUGCUCUAAUUAUAUCACGAAUACGUUUCUGUUUAUUAUUAUCGAUAAAUAGGAUUUUAUCGUAUCACAUAUUUUUUGUGUAAAACAAGUCUGAUGUUAUAAAACAGAUUCAACUAGAUGAAGAAAUCUAAUUUUUAUGACUCUAAAUAUUAAGAUUAUGAAGUUAAAUA